UCUCGUUUCCUUCGCGACCAAUUCACAGCUAGUUCAAAAUUCAAACCCCCUUCUCUCUCUAGAUUUUCUCUCUCCACAAUCCGAUCCCGAUUCUUCAUCUCGAAUUCGUAUACGCUAAGAGGGAGAGCUUGGCGUCUCUGCAGGGAUCUGAUUUCAUCUAGUAGGGUUUUUGACUUUCUUGAUUUGGUUUCGAAAGAAGUCUACCGCUACUAUCAUCAGCAGUUAUGGCAACCAUGGAGAGCUUGAUUGGUUUAGUAAAUCGUAUACAGAGAGCUUGUACGGCUCUCGGUGACUACGGCGGCGGAGAUUCCACUUUCUCUUCUCUUUGGGAUGCCCUUCCCUCCGUUGCAGUUGUCGGUGGUCAAAGUUCUGGAAAGUCUUCAGUGUUGGAGAGCAUUGUUGGGAGGGAUUUUCUUCCUAGAGGAUCUGGAAUUGUCACAAGGCGUCCCUUGGUAUUGCAGCUACAUAAGACAGAAGGAAGGCAGGAAGAGUAUGCUGAGUUUGGACAUUUGCCUCGCAGGCGUUUCACUGAUUUUGCAUUGGUACGCAAAGAAAUUGCAGAUGAAACAGAUAGAAUAACGGGGAAAUCAAAACAAAUCUCUCCAAUUCCAAUCCAUCUCAGUAUAUACUCACCGCAUGUUGUCAACUUAACAUUGAUUGAUUUACCUGGAUUGACAAAAAUUGCUGUUGAGGGACAAUCUGAAAAUAUUGUCGAAGACAUUGAAAACAUGGUGCGGCUUUACGUUGAGAAGCCGAACUCAAUCAUUUUAGCAAUAUCUCCUGCCAAUCAAGAUAUUGCCACGUCAGAUGCCAUUAAACUUGCUAAGGAGGUGGAUCCUACAGGUGAACGGACAUUUGGAGUGCUGACAAAGCUUGAUCUCAUGGACAAAGGAACUAAUGCUUUGGAUGUUCUUGAAGGCAGAGCUUAUCGUCUUCAACAUCCAUGGGUGGGGAUUGUGAAUAGAUCCCAAGCUGAUAUCAACAAAAAUACUGAUAUGAUGUAUGCAAGGAGAAGGGAGAGGGAGUAUUUUGCUACAAGUCCUGACUAUGGACAUUUGGCCAAUAAAAUGGGUUCAGAAUAUUUGGCAAAACUUCUCUCACAGCAUUUGGAAACUGUUAUCAGACAAAAAAUACCAGGCAUCACGUCCUUGAUAAACAAAGGUAUCGAUGAGAUGGAGGCAGAGUUGGAUCGUCUUGGGAGGCCAAUUGCUGUUGAUGCAGGGGCUCAAUUGUACACCAUCUUGGAACUAUGCCGUGCUUUUGACAAAAUAUUCAAGGAGCAUCUUGAUGGAGGGCGUCCUGGAGGUGACCGAAUAUAUGGAGUGUUUGACAACCAGCUUCCUGCUGCUUUGAGGAAACUUCCAUUCGAUAGGCAUCUUUCUUUACAGAAUGUGAGGAAAAUUGUCUCAGAAGCUGAUGGUUACCAGCCACAUUUGAUUGCUCCUGAACAAGGUUACAGACGUCUUAUUGAGGGCUCAUUGAAUUAUUUCAGGGGACCCGCUGAAGCUUCUGUUGAUGCCGUGCAUUUUGUCCUAAAAGAACUUGUCAGGAAGUCAAUUGGAGAAACCGAGGAAUUGAGGCGGUUCCCAACUCUACAAUCUACUCUUGCUGCUGCUGCUGGAGAAGCAUUAGAAAAAUUCCGCGAUGAAAGUAAAAAAACAGUCAUACGAUUAGUGGACAUGGAGUCUUCAUAUUUGACCGUUGAUUUCUUCCGGAAACUUCCACAGGAAGUUGAGAAAUUAGGGCAAGGGGGCCCACCCCCGCCUUCAGACCGCAGAGCCUCAUCUGCUGACCGCAAGAACCCGCCACCUCCACCGCCUUCAGAUCGUGGAAAUGCAGUUGACCCGCUAGGUGACCGUUAUGCAGAUGCACAUUUUAGAAGGAUAGGAUCAAACGUAUCGUCUUAUAUUGGUAUGGUGUCUGAUACGAUUAAGAGCACAAUUCCCAAGGCGGUUGUCUAUUGUCAAGUUAAAGAAGCUAAACAAAAUCUACUCAACUACUUCUACACGCAAAUUGGGAAAAAGGAGGGUAAACAACUGGCAGAGUUACUAGAUGAGGAUCCAAGUUUGAUGUCCAAGAGACAAGACAUUGCAAAACAACUUCAGUUAUACAAAUCAGCAAGGGACGAGAUCGAUUCUGUAUCAUGGGUGCGCUGAAUCUGAUUGAUUACCAGCCUCUUUCUGGUGGACAGACAUUUGUCAUUUUUUUGUUGCUCAUUGUUUCACUUCACGCUUUAUUCUUGAUUUUUAAUAUGGAUAUGCUUGCUACAUAUAGCAGUUGACUUUUCGACCAAAGAAUAUGUGUUGUACAUCUAUAGAGAUCAACGUAUUAUUUCAUGAAUUGUUUGUUGGGUGAUAUUUAUGUCAUGUAUUUGUUAUAUCGGUAAAUUAGGC